AUGAUUGCCCGUAUUACGGACUCUCCGCCUCCCUCUCAAUACGGGCCUCCUUUUCGGGUCAUCAUUGUUGGAGCUGGUGUGGCCGGCUUGACCUUAGCCCAUUGCCUCGACAAAGCCGGCAUCGACUAUCUUGUGCUGGAUAAAGGUAUCGUUGCACCACCAUUCGGGACGACUAUUACCAUUCAACCGCACGGAUGUCGGAUUCUCCACCAACUCGGCAUCCUGGAUGAUGUGCUGGACAGCUGCUCGACCAUGGGCAGAUGCUACUACCGCACCCCAGACGGGCAAUGCUUCUUAGAGAAUGACUUCUUCCCCAUGGUCAAGAAAUAUGCAGGAUAUGACACACGCACGUUGAACCGACAGCUGUUCUUACGGAUCCUCUAUGACCGCCUCCCUGACAAGUCAAAGGUCUUCGAGCGCCAUCGUGUGGUCGAUAUCAAGGAGGCAGCAGAGUCAUCCCAGGUCAUCCUGGCGGACGGGACUGAGUACUUUGGGGAUCUGGUCGUGGGAGCCGAUGGCGUGCACAGCAAGGUGCGUGAGAUUAUGUGGGAGAAGGCGAACAAGGCAAUUCCACAUUUCAUCACCGCCGCCGAGAAGCGAUCAAUGGUCACCACUUAUAACGCCAUCGUAGCCCAGUGUCCCCCAAUCCCCGGAUUAGGCCCCCACGACAUGCACUCGAUCUCAAAUGACCGCUUCUCAUUCCUCCUUCUCUGCCAGCCAACCUUUAUUUCCUACAUCGCACACUGCAAACUUCCCGGAGACCAGCAGUGCACGUGGCCGAAUCGUGCGCGAUUCACCGAAGACGACAUGGAGGCCCUGGCGCGCAAGCUCGCCGACUAUCCGAUCUGCGAGUCCGUCGUCUUCGGGGAGCUGUGGCGCACCCGCACAAAAGCCCAACUGAUCUCAUUGGAAGAGGGCGUUCUCGAUCACUGGUUUUUUGGCCGGACGGUUAUGGCCGGCGACGCAAUCCACAAGGUGACGCCUAACUCCGCACUGGGCGGCUGCACGGCCAUGGAAGAUAGCGUGGCAAUUGCCAAUCAACUCCAUGAGUUGUUGAACCGACACCCGAAUAAGAAGCCGUCGACGGUGGAGAUUAGUGCUGCGAUGCAGGAGUACCAGGAUUCGCGAAUCGAGCGCGUCAAGGCUAUCGUGAAAGUAGGCGGGGAUCUUACGCGCUUGCAGGCCUUUGACGGGUGGUACUUUUACAUCAUGCAGCGCUGGGUCACCCCAUGGAUUGGCCUGGAUACGCUGGCGAUUAAUAUCGCUAGGCUGUGCAGUACCGGCACAAAGUUGGGUUUUGUCGAUUUUCCUGAGCAGAAGGGUCUUCUCGGAUGGCAGGAUACUAUCGCCGCAGAGGCAAAGAAGCAGAGGCUGGCUAGGCGCGAGCAACAAGUGGAGCGAGCACAGAAAUGGUGGGGUUGGAAUGGGGAGCUGCAGCAGAUUUGGCCCUUGUUGAUGGGAUUGUUUCUGUGUCUCGGUUCGACGCUGUUGUGGCUUUUGCCUAGUGAUUCCCAGCAUUUGUGGUCUGGGGUCCAGGCAUCUCAUUGA